AGAAAAUGUUGGUAAAUGCUAUAUAUAGUCAUAAGUGCACCCAUACAUGGGGUGGUCGGGGAAAGCCAUUCCUUGAGUGUGAGGGUAAUAUUUUUGUUACCAUCAGCAAGUGCCUCCCAAGCGGCAUCAGGCUCGUCUGCUACCGCUUUGCGCUGUUUUAAUCUCAAGGGGAAAUCAAGCUCUAAGUCCGUGAACCAGGUGCAGCACACCCACGCCACAGAGGCUAUGGCUGAACCAGCCUAUACAGUGCCGGCGUUCAGCCAGAGGAGCACCGAUGAGAUAGAGGAGUACCAGCGAGUGUCUAGUCAUGUUGGGAAAGGACUUGCUUCAAUUCAGAAGGAGCUCCACAGGAUGCGAGUGGCCACAAAGACCCAAGUGGAGAAUAUUGAGAUUAAGAGAGAGGUGCAGGAGAUGAUGCACAAGAAGGGGACGUCGAGUACGCAGACGGACAAGGCCCCUGACUUCCUGGUGGCUCUGAGGCCCCACGCCGCGUGGGAGAAGACUCCUGUCAAGCUGUUCUGCACCGUGGACGGUCACCCCAGGCCUAUUGUCAAAUGGUAUAAGGGAGGAAAACCUGUUGACCCACUGAGUGCUCCAGGAAAGUACAAGAUUGAGAGCAAGUAUGGAGUACACAGUCUGAUUAUUAGCAGGUGCGUGGUGAGUGAUACUGCAGAGUACAGCGCCGUGGCAACGAACUCCCAUGGAUCAACUACCAGCAAGGCCUUUGUCACUAUCAAUAGACCAGCAGGAGGAGCCUAUGGGUCCUGCCAGCUUUCUGGUCAAGUACCCCACCUGACUGUGAUCCACCACAGUAAGCUGGAGAUCACCAUGCUGGAUAGGUUUGGAGUGUCGUUCGGAACAGAGGGAGGUUCCAUUAGUCUGGUGUGUACCAUGGUGGUGGUCCCUGAUCUGCCCAACGUACCACCAUUGGCCCAGUGGUACAGAGAUGAUAAACUACUGAAGGCUGGGAAGUUGGCUGAGAUUAAGGUUGGUGGGGGCACUGCCACUUUGACUUUGCCCCUCCUGGCCAAGGAUGAUGAGGGUCUGUACACCCUCCGCAUGUGGACGAAGGACGGCACCACCGAGCACAGCGCCUACCUCUUUGUGAAAGAUGCUGCUCCCUCUGUGGCUGGAGCACCUGGUGCACCAAUCAGCGUCAAGGCGUUUGACAUCAACUCGGACUACGUCCUGGUUGCCUGGAAACCCCCCAACACCACCAACGAGGCUGCCAUCACCGGAUACUUUGUGGACAAACGUGAGUCUGGUAGUGCUACCUGGUCCCAGUGUAACGACGCCUCAGUGCGGAUCUGUAAGUACCCCGUGCACGGCCUGAGCGUGGGUCACGCCUACCACUUCCGGGUCAGGGCUGUCAACAGUGCCGGGAUCAGCAGACCGUCCCGCGAGUCUGACAAGGUGACUGCCCUGGACCCAGCUGAGCGAGAGAGACUGCAAGUGAUUAAACUGGAUGGGAAACAUGAAGUAGUGAUUAAAGAGGAUGACCUGGAAGGUGUUCCCUCCGCUCCUGGUCAGGUGGUUGCCACCAGGAACACCAAGUCCUCUGUGUUUGUGCAGUGGGACCCCCCCAAACACCCCAACCACCUCAUUGGGUACUACAUAGAUGCCUCUUUGGUGGGAUCCAAGGCCUGGGCCCCAUGCAACCACAAGCCCUACAAGCACACCAGGUUUGUGGUCCAUGGACUGACCCCGGGGGAUACCUAUGUGUUCCGUGUCCAGGCUGUCAACAUCUAUGGCCUCAGUGAUGAGUCCCAGGAGUCUACUCCUAUUGCUGUGGAGCCCGCCCUCACGACUCCCAGUGCACCUCAUGGCAUCACCAUGCUGAGUUGUGACGGAGCCUCCAUGAUCAUUGCCUGGAAGAGCCCCAAGCACUGCGGUGGCUCCAAGAUCAACGCCUAUUAUGUCGACAAGCGUGAUGCAGACACCCUGGCCUGGAAGGAGGUCAACUCUGCCCCUACCAAGACCAAGACCUACACGGUCGACGGUCUGACGGAGGGAACCUUCUACGAGUUUAAGGUCCAGGCUGGGAACCUGGCAGGUGUGGGCGUGCCCUCUGCUCCCAGCACACCUCUGAAGUGUGAGGCCUGGACUACCACAGUACCUGGUCCAGCCUAUGACCUGGCCCUCAGAGAGGUCAGAGGUGACUCCCUGGUCAUCCUGUGGAAGGCCCCUGUCUACACCGGCGCCAGUGCUGUCACUGGAUACAUCGUGGAGAUGGCCAAGAAGGGCCAUCACUACCACCCCCUGAAUGAAGAGGCUAUUGGCCACUGUUACCUGCAGGUGACUGGUCUGGAGGCAGGAGCAGAGUAUACGUUCAAAGUGAAGGCUGCCAACGCUGAGGGAGUAGGAAAGGCCUCCCAGGCAUCUGAGCCAGUGGUGGCCAAGGCUCUGCCAGGCACCCAGGAGAUCCAGUGUGGAGUGGAUGAGGACACUGGUGAUAUUUUCCUGUCAUUCGAGGCCUGUGAGAUUUCUGAGACCUCCAACUUUGCUUGGUCUAAGAACUACAAAGAAAUCAGUGACUGUCCAAGAGUCGCCAUAGAAACUAAGGGCAAACACUCUAAGCUGACUUUCGUCAACCCAGAUGUGAGUGAUUUGGGUGCCUUCUCUGUGGUUGUGACUGACACUGAUGGAGUUUCUGCCAGCCACACCGUGACAGAGGAUGCCCUGAACACCAUGCUGGAACUCAGCUACAACAUCAGACAUCCAAUUGUCCCACUGAAGCACCAACUGAACUAUGAGAUUCUAGAGAAGGGCCACGUGCGUUUCUGGCUGCAGUGCCUCAAGAUGUCACCCGCCGUCACCUAUAGGUUCAUUGUCAACGACCAGGAGGUCACCAGCAGUGAUAGCCACAAGAUCAGCCAUGAUGUGAACACCGGGGUGAUCCAGAUGACUGUGGAUCACUUCUCCAAGGCCAGCGAGGCCACCUACACCGUCCAGAUCCACGACGGCAGAGCCAAGAACCAGAGCUCUCUGGUCCUGGUGGGAGACGUGUUCAAGGCUGUCUUGAAGAAGGCUGAGUUCCAGAGGUCAGAGCACAUCAGGAAACAAGGUCCCCACUUUGCUGAGUACCUUUCCUACCAUGUGGAUGACGACUGUACUGUUCUGCUCGUCUGCAAGGUUGCCAAUGUGAAGAAAGAGACUGUGUUCCACUGGUUCAAGGAUGAGGAGGAGAUUAUUCUGGCGACCCCUCCUAACGUGAUGUCUGGAUCCGUUGCUCUCCCCAUCUCCUUGUUCUCCAGGAAAGACCAGGGCCAUUACGAAGCUAAACUCAGUGAUGACAGAGGGAAAGACACUUCUGUCUUUGACAUUUCUGGCCAAGUAUUUGAUGAUAUUAUCAACGCCAUUGCCCACAUUGCUGGGUCUUCUGCCUCUGAGCUGGUGCUUCAGUGUACCCCAGAAGGCAUCAGGCUCCAGUGCUACAUGAAGUACUACACAGAGGAGAUCAGGACUGCCUGGUUGCACAAGGAUAGCAAGAUCUCGUCGUCUGAGAAGAUGAGGAUCGCCGGCACAGCUGAGAUGGCCUGGAUGCAGAUCAGGGAGCCAUCAGAGAAGGAGAAGGGACACUACUCCAUCCAGAUUAUGGAUGCCACCAAGUCCCACACUCGCACAUUCGACCUCUCCGGACAAGCAUAUACCGAUGCCUAUGAGGAGUACCUGAGACUCAAGGCUGCAGCCUUCGCUGAGAAGAACCGUGGUAGAGUGGUUGGUGGUCUGCCAGAUGUGGUCACCAUUAUGGAGCAGAAGACCCUGAGCCUGACCUGCACAGUCUGGGGUGACCCCAGUCCAGAGGUCACCUGGUUCAAGAAUGAAAAUGAGGUAGUCUCCACUGAGCAUGCCAAGAUAACGUUUGAGGCCAAUAAGUUUGCCAGCCUCACCAUCACCGCCGUCACGCCGGAGGACUCCGGCAAGUACAGCAUCAAUGUACGGAACAAAUAUGGCGGGGAGUUCGUGGAGAUCACCGUGAGCGUCUACAAGCACGGCGAGAGCCCCCCCGAGCCCAAAAUGGGAGGGAGAGGAGCAACACCUGCACCCCUGGCCUCCAAGACCCCUGCCCAAACCCCUACCCCUGCUCAAACCCCCACCCCCCAGACUCCCACCCCAUCCCUUAAGUCCCCCACCCCUUCCCUAAGGUCCCCCACCCCAACCGCCAAAUCCCCAACCCCCCCUAGGCAUGUUAAGUCGCCCAGCCCUGCCAGAUCUCUCAAGUCACCAACCCCCUAGAAAGUAACCAGGGAUAUUGAUGCCUGAGAAGGCUUGAAGCAUUUUCUGCUACUGAUUUAUAGCAUGAGUUGAGUGAAACCCGAAGCUGUUACAUGAAGGUGUCCAUUUUAGGUGUCAUAUGUCAUAUAGCUUGGUCACUGAGCUUUAACAUGCAAAAAUAAAUGAACAGAGUAGAUGUUAAUCAUAAGUGUUAAUCAUUUUUAAAAAGCUGCACCUUCCACUAUACUGUACUAUAUAAUGGAAUGUCGGAAGACCUGGGAUCAGCCUGCCUAAAGUGCCUGGUGGGCAGGGUUUAUGCCAGGUGGUGCCAAGGGGGUGGAAUUUUCCAUUGCAACAGGCAAGCUCAAUCAAGCACAGCUAAAGUAUUUUGAAGUGAAUUCAAAUGGUAUUUGAGCCCAGGUCUGAAUGUCUGUGUCCAUUUCUCUGUGGAUGGUGAAUAGAUGUCAGAGAGUGCAGACGGAAAGACACACAGCCAGUGCCGUCCGCACUGCAGUCGCUAUGCCAGAGAAGUUACGUUUGUCUGCACCAUGUUGUGUUUCCCCCUUUGCUUUGUGUUAGAAAUAAACCUCAUUUAUCACCUC